AUGACGGGGACCAAGAAGAUCCAUACGACUCCUUACCACCCACAGAGCAAUGGCUUAGUCGAGUGCCUACACCGGACUCUAAAGGCUGCGCUCAUGUACGACGGUUCUGCCCCAUGGCCUGAUCGUCUGCCCCUGGUCCUGCUCGGCCUCCACGCCUGCUACAAGGAGGACCUUGAAGCCUCGCCAGCAGAGCUUCUCUUUGGCACCACGCUCCGUAUUCCAGGAGAGUUUUUUGUAGAGCAGAGCUUUCCGGAAAAUCCGCCAGCAUUCGUCGCUAGGCUCAGAGCCGUCAUGAGUCAGCUCCGAGCGGUUUCGGCCUCGAGGCACUCGAUCUACCGCCCUUUUGUACACAAGGACCUCAAGGCUUGUUCUCACGUCUUCCAAAGGAUUGACUUGGUAAACGGCCAAGAGAAGACGGUGUCCACUGACGCGUUGAAACCAGCUUAUCUCGAAGAAGAGAACUUGGAGCCGCAACAACCAUUGCCGCUGUCUCAACUGCUGCCUCCGCAAGCUCUCUCGCAUCAGCGGCCUUUCGAACCCGAGCAUCAAGAAGACGCUUCGCCGUCGUAG